AAAAUGGAAAAAUAUUAUUCUGUACUUUUAGAUAGAAUUGAAACGAUUCGUGAUCGUAAUCAAUCAACUGAAAAUAUUACAACAAUUGCGGGCGCCUUAGCAGCAAUAGGUUUUGCUACUUAUUGUAUUAAACGACUCUUUUCAAAGGAUAAAAAGACUAAAACAAAACAAGCAAAAGAAUAUGAAACUAUACCUUCUCCAAAGGGGGCCAUCUAUUAUUUAGGUCAUACUCCUCUUUUGGGUAAAAUACCGGCUCAUAGAAUUACAGAAUGGCAUAGGCAAUUAGGACCUAUCUUGCGUAUUCAAAUGGGUGUGCAGGAUUGGGUCUUUAUUAGUGAUCCUUAUAUGGCGCAUGAUCUAUUUGCUACACAAGGAACAAUAACUUCAGGUAGACCUUACUUGACCUUUGGUAAUGGCAUUGCAGGUAUUGGUGGAAGAGGAAUUGUCUUUGCUGAUUAUGGCAAGAAAUGGAAAAACGCUCGGACAGCGAUUUUGAAAAUUCUAUCACCUAAAUCAGUGGAUGGUUAUGAAAGCACAAUCGAAUGUGAGGUAGAACGCACCGUUCAACAACUGAUAGAGCAGACCAAGAUGCAUGGUUAUGUUAAUCCAAUCCCCUUUGUUCGUUGCUUAUCCAUGAACAUCAUCUUACAAGUUGGCUUUGGUAUCUCGGGCGUAUCUUCUCCUGACGAUCCAUUAUUUAAAGAACUUGUACAUAUUAUUAAAACUUCUCUCUAUUUUACGGGUGCCUUUCGUGAUAUGAGUACCUAUUUCCCAUUCUUUUCCUUCUUGGACGUUAUUUUUAGAAGAAAACAAAAAAUGAAGGCAUUCUUUUAUAAUGACUAUUUUCCCUUAUUUCAACGAUUAGUGAAAAUGGCCCGAGAAAGCGAUCAAGACAAUCUAGUAAAAAAAAUAGAUAAUAUCAAAGACGAUUUAGAAAUUGAUGACAGAAAUCUUACUGCUAUUAUGAGUGAAGUUCUCAUAGCUGGUGGUGAUACAGUAUCAGUAGCAGCCUCAUUUACCUUUGCUAUUUUAUGUCAUUAUCCAGAUAUCCAACAGAAGCUAGCAAAUGAAAUAGAUGAUUUUAUUAGAAAAUAUCAUCGUAUUCCUAGAUUUGAUGAUCGACUUGAGCUUCCCUAUUAUAUUGCAUUCCAAAAGGAAUGUUUAAGAUAUCGUCCUGCUGUUUAUUUUAGUAUCCCUCGUAAAGCAAACCAAGAUGUAAUUUACAAGCAUUUUAUUAUACCUAAAGGGACAAUCAUGGUCAGUAACAUUCACACUUUACAUAAUGAUAGUACAAUUUUUCCACACCCUGAAAAGUUUAUUCCUGAACGCUUCUUAAAUGACACAAGAACAAUGUACGCAUCUAGUAAUGGAAACAUUCAAAAUAGAGAUAUUUAUCUAUUUGGAUGGGGUAGACGUAUUUGUCCAGGCAUCUAUUUGGCUGAAAAUGAACUUUUUAAUUUAGUAACAAAAGUCAUGGCUCGUUGUAAAAUCGAACCUACCAUUUCACCUACAGGAGAGGCUAUAUAUCCAGACUUGAAUGACUUUAAAGAUGAUGGUGCUACUUUGGUUCCUAGUCCUUUUUAUAUUCAUUUUACUGAACGUGAAAAUAAAUUAGUUUUUUAAAAUGCUUUAUUUAUAAUAUUU